CUUAAAAGUUAGCCCUGGUCACACUGGACACUUUUAGCUUGCGAAAUUUGUAAACAAUAUUUAUAAAACUGAAAACUGGUCAUAUAGUUUAAAGUAUGGGCGUAACUGUACUGCAACCAUAUCCCUUGCCCGAAGGCAAAUCGGGUGCGCACAUAAUCGAUCAGCUGAGCAAGCGUCUGCUCGCACUGGGCGCCACACAUGCCGGCCAAUUUCUGGUGGACUGCGAAACAUUCAUCUCGACGCCGCAGCCGCACAAUGGAGCACCUGGGCGCGCCGUUCACGUUCUGCACAACUCCGAGUAUCCCGCCUCCACGUUCUCCAUCAUCGACAACGGCACAGGCAAACAGGUGGCCAUUGUCGCCGAUAACAUCUUCGAUCUGCUCAUGCUCAAGAUGACCAACACCUUCACCUCCAAAAAACAGACCAAAAUCGAGUCCCGUGGCGCUCGUUUCGAGUACGGUGAUUUUGUUAUUAAACUUGGAUCCGUCACCAUGAUGGAGCACUUCAAGGGGAUCCUCAUCGAGAUCGAGUACAAAUCGUGCGUGAUUCUAGCCUACUGCUGGGAGAUGAUACGCGAGGUGCUGCAGGGAUUCCUGGGCAUUGCUGUGGGAAAGGACUUUCCCACAUAUUUCGCUCCGCAGACAAUAAUGACGGCAAUGGGCCAACAGCAGCUGCACGCCAAACAUAACGACAUCUUCGAGCCAAUGGACACCGUGAAGCAAUAUCUGGAGCAGUUCACCAACUAUAGGAAGCAUGUCGCUCUUAUGGGGGGCAUGAGCAGUGGACCGGGUGGUCAACAGGUUGGUCCGAGCGUGCUCAUGUCUAAUUCGGUGGCGGGCUUACAUCGACCCUGAUCCGAAGACGUCAAGUUGGAGCCACCGGAUGGACCUGAAGCCGAUCGAGUUGAUUAAGAUAAUAUAAUUAAAAAGAAUUAAUAAUUCAAUAAUAAUUACUUUAACGCGAGCAUAACUUUUUUACUCUAAAUAUUUGAAGCCAACAAGUAAUAAAUAGUAUUUGGCUCGA